AUGGUCACCUCGAUACUCUCACUCCCUAAUGAGAUCCUAUUCCAAAUUCUCGGAGAUGAAUGCCUCUCAAACGGAGAUUUGGGAAGAGCAGAAAGUACCUGCAGAUUGUUUCAAGCCAACAUUCAAGAGUAUAUCGCUCCUCGCAGGAGAUAUACUUUUUGGGUAGAUGCCGUCGACCAACCCGCCUGGAGGUUGGUUAGACACCUCCUCGCAAAUCCAAAGCUAGGCGAACAAUUCGUUGAAAUCAACGUCCAGUGGAAACGUCGAAUUGCGGAAGAUAAGGAAACAUGGACGAAGGACUGGAAGUGGAAAAGGAAAGAAGUUUCUCGUAUCAGGAAACUGACCGCUAAGUGGAGGAUGAAUACGAGAACAGCAUACAAUAUUUUACGAGGAAAGAAUUCAGAGGCUUUGCUGCCUUUGCUUCUUUGUUUCACACCAAAUUUGAAAUCUUUGGACUUGGGGAACAUAGAUCGUGAUAUCAUGGACUGCGGGAGGGGCGAACACGUACAGGCUUUGGAGGCUCUCGGCGUCGAUAUCAAUUAUGAGAACGGAUCAGCUCCAGGCAUCUAUUCCUCGGAAUCUCAAAUGUUCAUGCCCGAUAAUCACCAGCUCUUUUUCUUCGAUAACCUCGAAUACCAAGAUGAAGGUGGAUUUAACGAAGGUCCAAGAAAGCUCCCGCCAGGUCUUAGUAACCUUGAACAUUUCUCCCUUGGGGCCCGGGGCAAAGACGAAAAACCUUUCAAUGCCCAAGACCUUUUCCCAGUCUUUUGUUUUCCCAAAAUCAAAAGCAUACACGCAUCAGGUUUAAUCGAUAAUGGUGAUGAUAUGUACUCUAUCGUUCGGUACACACCUAAUUCACGGAAGAUCUCGCCAGUAAAACACCUAACGCUUGAAUCUUAUGGACGGGGGCGAUCCACAUCAAUUCGCCUCGACUCCACCAAGAGAAUAGCAAGGAUUACUAGGAACCUCGAAACACUCAUCAUCAGAAACAAGAGUAGCAGAAUAUACGAUAGCACAAAGAAACGCGACGAAAAACUAGCAAGAAGGUUCUUAAAAUAUAAUAAGGAUACCUUAGAUCCAACGCGGCUUAGGAUCAACGGAGGCAGUUUCAACGAUGCAGGUGAGUAUGACGAAGAUGCUGAAAAGCGAGAAGGGGUCGCUAGAAGGCAGAGAUUGUUUGAACAAACUCAAACAAGAUUGAGGAAUCCAAACUUCAAGCCCCCGCCAAUGGUAACCCUCAAACCAGAAAUAAUUUCUCGCAUCCUUUCAUUUCUCCAACGAAAGGACGUCUUCAAUCUAAUGCUAUCUUCAAAGGCCCUUUAUAAACCUUGCUACCAUAAUAUUUGGUCUGGCUUUGCGUUUCUGGCUUCUUACUACGAUCUCGACACCCAUUUCGCAUAUAAAUAUUCUUUAACUGAUAAUGAGGCCGAUUAUCUUCUUAAUAUUAUCAGCUCUAUCGAGACGAAUGGAAUAAGCUGCCUCGAACAGCUGGAGGUUGAAAGUGGUUUCCUUUCGGAUUGGUCACAUUCUUAUGAGAGAGAAGAUGUACUAAAGCAUAUCAGCGAGGAGAUUGAACGAGGCUAUACUCCCAAAUUCAAAGCCCUUCAUCUGAAAUUUCGGUCAUAUGUAUCUAGGGACCGUAGUCUUGCUCCCUUCGACGAUACAACAAGGCCCGGACCAGAUUUCUUUGCUGCCGUGAAGAAAUAUUCGGAACAAAAACCUCCCCACGAAUUUUCUCUACGAAUUGAAAUGAACGCUCAGAGCGCCGAGCUUUUUGACCUCUGCGAUAUCGGAAAAUUAACCAAUUUACAACUCGAUUCUAGAUUUGGAAAAUUCUUAGAAGCGGAAAAUGAACUUGAAGAGUUCAUAAACCUUUUAGCAAUAGCAUCUGUAUCCGGGCAGUUAAAAGUCUUGACUUUGGGCGGGAACCUCUACAAAAGAAAAGCCAAAAGGCUCGACUCACUAUGGGACUCGCUCGAUGCCUUGCAAAAGGUCGUCUCUGGCCUAAAAUCAGUUACUUCUUUAGCCGUCAAGCACGGCUACCUCUUCCACCCAUCAUUUCUUCUCCUCCCUCCAGAAAAUGUUAAAGUCUUAUCAUAUAUGGGAAGAAUGUCGCCCUGCUGGUGGCGAAAGUUUGCGAAGCAUCCCUUUACCGGAAUUGAACGCCUGAAUCUUUCAUGUGAUAGCCUUGACAGCCACGAAACAAAAUCCUUGGGAAUAGCAGAUGAGGAAACAUAUGCAUCUUUCACCGACUUCCGACUUGGAGAACUCGAGGUAUCUGGAUUGAAGUGGCUUUCAGUUUCCGAAAGUCAAAGCAGCGCAUAUCCAGCCGAUUUCUUCGAACGAGUCCUCAAGAACAACCCCCAACUCCCUCCAUACUGCCUACAAGCCAUUGUGAAGAACAAAGGAGAUUUAUUUACGGAGAAUAUGAAGGCAAAAAUACCUCAGAUUGUCAGCAGCUGCGGAAAUGAACUUAACAAACAGCUUACAAAGGCUUUGGAAGGCUACACUCAAGACUUUGCGACUACGUUCCUACGCCAGCAAAAUCCGUUACAAAUGGACUUUGAAAAAAUCAUGGCAAAUUCGUCUCUCGAACUGCUAACCAAGCAAUUCGAAAAUGAACAUGCAUUAUCUUUUGUAAAAGAUUGCGCUGAAGCUCUUCGAAAGCAGAUUGGACAAGAUGAGGGCAAAAAAGAUGCUGACAAAAAGCCAUCUUCCUUAGACGAAUCCUCGGACUCUGACUCUGACUUUUUUGAUGCAGACGAAGACAGCAGCGACGAUAGUGACGACGAUGACGAAUUUGAAGAAGAUUACGAAACUAGGUUGGCAAGAGGCGAAGUAUCAUAUGAAGGAAAUGUGAUGAUCGACAGAUUAUGGGGCACAGCUUUGCCGGUUUCAGACGAGAGCACCGAUGAAAGCGAUGAAGAAGAAGGAGACGACGACGACGGCGACGGCGACGACGAUGACGAUGACGAUGACGACGAAGAAUCAAACGAUAAUACUGAUUAUACCGGGGGCGACGACGACCCAGGACCCCCGCCACCUCCCGUGGUUUUCCCAAAAUCCAGGAGGAGGUACAUAUAA